UUUGUGUUUAGACCCAACGCCCAGUUCUUGUACUCCUCUCUGUGAGCUUUGGUAUCUCUCUGACCUGCUUUCUUAUCCUUUGUGGGUUCCCCUUUUAAUCUUCUCAAUAACCAUUAACUAAUCUUCUCCGCAAAAUAUUCUUCAAAUUGAAGCCUUUUAACGUCAAUAUCAUUCCAAAUCUCUUCAGGAAGAAAAAUCAAAAUCAUAUCUUUUUAUAAAGUGUUGAUUCCAUUGAUCAUGGAGAGCCCUCAAUUUGAUGAAAAGGAAAAUCAUGAAUUUGGGUCUCUUUAUGAUUCUCAGUCAGAAGAUGUUCCAGCUCAUACAGAAGAAGUUGUAGAACCAGGUGAACCCCACGAAGCUUUGUUCUUUGUCCUCGCUUACCAACAGCUACGUGAACGCCUUUUAAUGAGGGCGGCGUGUAGAUCACUCAGAGACGCUGUUGACAACGAUGUGUUACUGUGGCUGGAUAUCUUUGUCGAACCCCCUUUGAGUUGCCGUCUUCUCAAUGAUUCCCUGUUGAAGAUUACGUCUAAGGCGCAUGGCAGGUUGAGAACUUUGUCUCUGAAGAGUUGUGCCAAGAUUACAGAUGAUGGGCUGCAGAGGGUUAUAGAGAACAACCCUCAUAUCAACAAGCUCUAUGUCCCAGCAUGCACUAGCUUAACAGCAAAUGGCAUUGUGACAAUAGUGAAGAUGCUGACUGAUUUGAAGCAGCUAAGGUUGCAUGGUAUUAUCGGCAUUACAAAACAACACAUUGAAACUAUCCUCAAUUGUCUCAUGGUGCAAAAAGAGGACCAGAAGCAGCCCAUAUCGUUUCUCUAUCACAGACGAUUUUCUCCGCUCAUCAAUUUAGACACGGCUCCUCCAAUAGAUGUCGGUGUCUGUCCAAAGUGCAGUGAUGUGAAUCAGGUGUUCGACUGCCCAAGGGACAGUUGCGAGUGGAAAAAGGUGCACCCACUGCUUGAAUGUAGAGGAUGUUCUCCUUGCGUCCCAAGGUGCGAGGAGUGUGGUGGAUGUGUGGAUUUGGGCGAGUUGGAUGAUACUGUAUGCAUGGAUAUCUUGUGUUCAGAAUGCUGGCUACGGCUCCCUAAAUGCAACCUGUGUAACAGACCCUAUUGUAAUCUGCAUGCUGAUCAUGGGAUGUUCCUGCCUGGCAAUACUGGAUUUAUAUGUGCCCGUUGUCAUAUAUCAUCCACAAGAGAUCUGGAUAGGUGGUCAUCAGGGUUUGAAGAAUGUAUGAUUGCAGAUCAGUAUCCACCAAUAUUUUCUGAUAUGUAUGGAUACAUAUCGUAUCUUUAAGGUAUUGAUAUGAUGCUUAUUAGUUAUUAAUGUAAAAAAUGUAUCGCAAUGUAUCAGUCUAUACGACCCGAUACGAUACGGCUCGCUAUGGCUCAAUAAUAAUUGAUACAGUUCAAUACUCGCACUAUGAAUACAUUGCUUCAUUUUUUUUAAUUUUUUGUAUUGCUCAUGUUUGGUCUGUACAACAUCAUCUAGGUUGCACCUUUACCUGAGACCACUUCCAACUCUAAGUGUGAACCAAUCUGCAAUUCUAUAUGGUAUUAGACCAUUAGGACAUGUAACAAACCUCAUUAUUUAUACAUAAUCAAUUGAAUACAAUUUUCUC